AACUUCAAGAUGGCGUCAUAAAUUGUGCUUGUUUACGUUGCAAUGUACAUUCGCUUUCAGUUACGCCCAUUUUCACGCUGAAUGUUUAUUGUAUUUGCAUUAUUCAGAAACGGAUUAUCUUAUUUUCACUUGCAUUAAGUUUUAUUAAUGGGUAAUUUGCAAUGUCUAAAAUGAGAGAGAGAGAAUUUGAUAUGCAAUGUCGAUUGUGCACAUCAACGGAAGAAGGUCACAUACAAAUUUUUGGUCCGGAGGGUGAAUGUCAAAAUUUAGCUAGCAAAAUUAAGGAAUGUCUUCCAGUCUCAUUAGAGAGGGAAGAUGCCUUGCCAAAAAGUGUGUGCAAAACUUGUGCACGCAAGGUGGAUGAGUAUCAUAGCUUCCGACAAGCCUGCGUCCAAGCAGAAAUAGUCUUAGAAUCAAACCUCAAGGACCAGCAACCUUCAGCAUUCCCAUUAGAACCAGAGUGUUGCCUGCAAGAAGUGGAGCCUCCGAGCAGUUCUGGUCGAUCAUCCAAUCCAUCUGAGUCGGGGAGUAUCCCUGUUAAUUCCAGGGAAUCUUGUAGUGUCUAUAAUGUGCCUCAUUUACAAAUGGGGGGUAGUGGUCUUGAUAUCUUUCCUAGACCAAAUUCUCCUACAAUUAAAAAGUUGAUGCAUCGUCAAGGGCUUGGUGAUCUGGUUAUCACACCUGUCAUUCCUAAGACAACCAACAACCUGGUACCCACUUUGAACAAUAAAUCAAAUACAGAAGUAGCAUCCCAUUGGUCCCGCGUCGGUCACCCAACUCUCGAAGACUAUGUCUUGAUGAAGGAAGAUACAUUUACGGUGGACAGCAGCUAUUUUGACAAUCACAGCAGAUCAUCAUCAAGAUUGGUAGCAAGUGGACAGAUAGAGUUCCAUGCAAAUCACAGUGCUGCAAGUCCACUAGAACAAGACAAAGACAUUUUGUUGGCACAACGACGGAAGCGCGAGAUAUUGCCGCCGAUGUGGGAUGUGUAUGAGAAAGUGAUUUUGUCACCGGGAAAGGAAAAUUCAGACUCUUCAAAACAGAAUGGAAACAGUAAGGUUAUGUUCAGUGUUACUCACAGGCGAUAUAUCAUCUCGAAAGGCGCUUUCCCCUGCUCUCUAUGCAAGAGGUGUUUUAGGAUUAAUCAAGGUUUUGAGCGAGAAGGUUCAGAGUUCAUGGACCUGUAUGAAGGUGAUGAGAACUCAGCAGAUCUUUCAAACAGUAAAUCAUCUGAUUAUGACGAUCACACUGCUAGCACCACCAACAAUUCCCACUUGAAUGUGAAGUUUUUCAGCUGCCACAUUUGCUGUAAAGUAUUUCCGAGGCGCAGUUCAUUGAAACGCCAUCAGCGUACUCACAUGGACAGAAAAUUGUUUUCAUGCCCAUUGUGUCAGAAGGGCUUUAACCGGAAAGAGCACCUGUCUCGCCAUAUGAUAUCACAUUCUGGAGGAAGACCUUACAAUUGUGACAUCUGUUAUAAACCAUUCACACGGAAGGAACAUCUGUCCAGACAUCGACUUUGCCACUUAAAUGCCUUAUGUUAUUUCCCUGGUGACAUUUCUAGCACCCCAGAUAUCUCCAUUCAAAGCAGUAAUGGUGAAUUGCCUGCAUCAGAGGUCUCUGGUAAUCUUGGCACUCCUUCAAAUUCCACUGUUGUGCAAGAUGAUGACUCUUCUUCUAACAUGACCAGGCCCUUCGUGUGUGAUUUAUGUGGGCAGGGAUUUGCCAGGAAGGAACAUCUCUUGCGGCAUCAACUCCGAACCCAUCUCACUACGCCAGAAAUUCGAGAUGAGCUUAAACCUUACAACUGCAAUAUUUGCUCCAAAAAUUUUACUCGUAAAGAACAUCUUGUUCGUCACCAGAAGAUACAUACGAGAGACUUUUUGUUUGGGUCUGCUAGAGGAGUGAUUCCUGGCACUGAUGUGUCAGUAUCACCAGUAUUAACUAAUCGUGCCACAUCUAGUGGGGGCACAGUAGUGAAAACAGAACCACUUGAGGGAUUGAUUCCACAUUCAAAGCUACCGGGAUUGAGUAUAUCUACUAUUCCGCUUAAGGUUGAACCUUCAUCUUCAUGUGAUGGUAUGAAGAUGGAGCCUUUUGUUAAAGCUGCAGAACAAACAAUAAUGAAUGGUCAGGAUGAUGACAUGUCUCUGCAGUCCUCCUUGCAGGACAGCGUUGAUCAGACGGGGCCCUCAACUUCAGCAGAAGCUGAUCUUGGUUGUGGUGAAAUUGUGAGUAAGCCUCAUCAUUGUCAGUUUUGUUCAGAUAAAGCUUUCACUCGACGUAGUCAUUUAGUUAGGCAUUUUAAGCGGUUCCACUCCGAUAAACCAUUAAGCCUUGUACUGUCUGGUAGACGCAGAGCAUCUGCGCAGGAGAAACAGGAAUUUGAAAGAUACUUGCUAAACAAUGGACAGUAUUGGUGCAUCAUCUGCGGAAAGACAUUCGGACGUCGGUACCACCUCGUACGUCACAUGAAGCUGCAUGGUCCUAAUGAAAUUGCGCGUCCAUUUCACUGCUCGGCGUGCAACAAUUCUUUCAGCCGACAUGAAUAUUUUCAGACUCAUAAAUGUGAAGGUAGUAAUGAUGUUACCUCACAAUUGGGACAGAAAGAGUUGAGUUCUAAAACAAGUGGGGAAGGUAUAUCUGCAGAAAUACAAGAAACCAAGGAUGUGGUGAAAAAGAUCCCUGCGAAACGUGACAAGCGGAAAAGAAGCAAGUGUAAUUAUGAAUGUGUAACUUGUGGCAAAGGCUUCUCAAAAAAGAAACUCCUCAACAGACAUGCUGAAUCGCAUGUGGACCUGACGGAGGACAAUAGUCAGUAGUGUGAGUAGGUGCAUAAUCAACAGUAAAGGAGAAAAGGAGUAAAGUGGAAUUAAGUGGAGGUAGGGAACAGUCGGAUGUUCCUUAGACAUGCACAGUAAUGUACGUUAAUUUCUGUUUUGUUUGUGUGCAUGGCUUUGGUUGUAAUCCGUGAGUUCUCUACCUUUGUACCUCAUUUUUUUAUAUUAUUAUUCUGAACAGUAACAUCAAAUCCUGGGAAUGCAUUUAUUUACUAAGAAAAUUAAUUCUUGCCUUUUGAAUAUCAGUUUGCUGUACCAAUGAUUGUUUUAUGUGGCAGUAUAGUCCCCUUUUCACAACAGCUUGUGAAUUUUGAAAUCAAGGCA